GCCUUCCCUCGUCCGUACUCUCCUUGCCUUCUCAUCCGGCCACCUCCUCCUUCGCCCCCCCCUCUCUCUCACGUGCUCUCUCUCUCUCUCCCCCUCCUUUUGCAUCUUCUCUUUCUUUGGUGCAACUAAAUAAAAGUUAGAGAGAGAAACCCCCCCUCCCCACAAGCCCCCUAUCUGGCAUCAAUAUAUGUGGACUCUCCCAUGGAGCCUUGGAGAGCGAGAGCCAGCCACACACACUGUGCUUCUCUGCUCUCAAUCCUUCCAAGCCCCAAUUUUUCUCGGUCUUCGCAGCUUCUACAUGUAGCCUAUGUCUUCCUUCCCCUUCUCUCCCUCGUGUCUUUCUCUUUUCCUUCUCCCCUUUUCGCCUCUCAAAUCUGAACCUUCUUCCUCUACAUCGCCUCUCCUCCCUCCCACCGCUCCUAAUCUUUCCCUCUUUCUGGCGUAAAUCUGGUGGGGUUACCCUCAAAUCCUAUCCUGCACCGCCCCCCAUGAGGAUCCGCAAAAGGCAGGUCCCUCCCCCUCUUUCAGAUCCCCGUUCGAUCCAUCCGUCGCCGAUGGUGCAACUCCCUCAUGCUUCCUCACACAAAUCUUCUGUUCCUCUUCUUCUCCAGCAACAACCCGAUACUGCUGCUCUCACUGCCUCCCUCUUGGAUCAUACUCAUCCUCUCCCGCCGAUGGGGAAACCGGAGGACCCCGGGCACUCCGCCGCUAUCGUCGCCGAGAGUGGAGCGCACGAUCACCACACCAAGGCAGAUCGUUCGGACGAGGCCGGGGGAGGGCGCGACGGAGGAGGGGAGAAGCGUAAUGAUACCGGGAAAGGAGUCAUCUCGGGUUCCGGUACCGUAUCCGAAGUCAUCCCACCCUCACCGUCUAAUCUAGAUGGGAAAUGGUGCGACGGAGAGAAAGCGAUUCCGCCGAAGAAACGAAGAGGGAGAGGCGGUGACUACAUGAUGAACACGAGGGACAGCAACAGUAAUAACAGCAAGAAGAUGAAGACUAGGAUGAAGACGAAGAUGAACAAGAAAUGCACGCAGAAUAAUGAUGAUGACGAUGAUGAGAGAAAUGGGGAGGAUGAAGAAGAAGGAAAAGGGGAAGUGAAUAUGGAUGUGAAUACGAGCAAGAAAAGGGGAAGGGGAAGUUUGGUAAUGGUGGAGGGGUCGCGGUGCAGUAGAGUGAACGGGAGGGGAUGGAGGUGUUGUCAGCAAACACUGGUGGGUUACUCUCUGUGUGAGCAUCAUUUGGGCAAGGGAAGGCUCAGAAGCAUCACCAGCGUCAGGAGCCGAUCUAUUCCUUCUGCAACUACUGCGUCGACAAAGAAUAACGAUUCUCUCUCUUCAUUGUGCGCAGCUUCAUCUUCUUCGUCUCCUGAAAAGAGAAGUAUAUGUGAUUCUUCAGGCAUUCACAACGACAUUGACGAGAAGAAGCCGGCAGUGAUUACGAAGAAGAGAAUGAAGCUUGGAAUGGUGAAAGCACGGUCCAUCAGCAGCUUGCUCGGACAGACAAACACCCUAGUCACUCUACAUGACAAUGACAAGUAAGGUCCAUUGCACCGAGCGUGAACUGUUAUCCCAUGUAUUUGAGUCUCGACACCUCCAAACAAAGUUUAUUACUAUAACUUAUAUUCCAGUGCAACUGCGUGCUAUUUCUUUCCGUGAGCAUGCCAUAUCUUCAUCCUCCUCCUGCGUAUACUUCGUUAAAUUCCUUUCC